AUGUCUCCGUCUGUGCGUCUGCAGGAGAUGAUCAGGGUGAUCAGAGGAGCCCGUACACAGGGAGAGGAGCGUGGUGUGAUCCAGAGGGAGUGUGCAGCCAUCCGGGCGCAGUUCAGACAGGCUGACAAUGGGACGCGCUCUCACAACCUGGCAAAGCUGCUGUAUGUGCACAUGCUGGGUUACCCCGCCCACUUCGGUCAGGUAAUGAACAGUGCCUCUUAAGAUGUCUGUAGUGUUGGUAUAUUUGUAUCCUAAAAACUUGCCAACUCCCUCUCUGGUCUCAGAUGGAGUGUGUGCGUCUGAUUGCCAGCCCUCGGUACAAUGAGAAGCGUGUUGGGUACCUGGGUGCCAUGAUGCUUCUAGACGAGAAGCAGGAUGCUAGCCUGCUCAUCACAAACUCCAUCAAGAAGUAAGGACAAUUUUAUCAGCAAUUUUACCAUGAAAUUGGAAGUAUGAAAAUUGGAAGUGAUUGCUGCAUUGUUGGGAAAGAGCUUGCAAGAAAGGCAUUUCACUGUAGUUGUGCACGUGCCAAUAAAACUUGAAACUUGUAUAAGACAGAGAGACAAAACUAAGACAAUCAGAGAGACGGGACUCUGAGAAAGUCCGACAGACGGAACUCUGAGACAGUCAGACAGACGGAACUCUGAGACAGUCAGACAGAAUUCUCAGACAGACAGAAGAUAAUCAGACUGGAACCAGAACUGUCUAGAGUUCCAUAAUAAUGUCUAGGCUGUGUACGAUCAAUGUUACCAUACAUAAAUAUUGAACUAGUGGUCUAGUAACCUCUACUUCAGCACAAAUCAAUUGAGCAAUUGUCGUUAAACCCCCAUCUCCUUCUCUCCCUAUGUGUGUUUCAGUGACCUAUCCCACAGCAGUCAGUAUGUCCAGUCUCUGGCUCUGUGUACUCUGGGCUGUAUGGGCUCAGCUGAGAUGUGUCGAGACCUGGCCCCAGAGAUCGACCGCCUCCUCAGAGCCUCCAACUCCUACAUCAAAAAGAAGGUGAGCACUCUCUGUAAACACAAACACACACACACACACACAAAUCCACUCCUUCCAUCUCGCCUUCAUGGCUGACCUUGCUAAUGCAGAAACACAAACCAAUCCAUCUUGAGCACUACUGUAAAACACUGCAUUGCAACAGACUAAAGGAAACCAUCAUGUGGACUGAACUGAGUGUGAGAUGUAAAGUGAUGCACUGAUGUUGAAGGUUAAUUUUGUUAUGAAGCUGAUCAUGAUGACAAUUACAUUUCAGGCAGCUCUUUGUGCGGUGCACAUCGUGAGGAAAGUACCAGAACUAGGAGAGCUGUUCACCCCUGCAGCUCGAUCCCUGCUCUCUGAAAAGAACCACGGUGAGUCUGUCAUCAUUUGUUUAGUUUUUCUUAUAUUACCAGCUGUUCACUGUCUACUCCUUUCUGUCAAUCUUUCUGUGCCUACCAGUUUCACAGUCUGAUACAUUUGAGUACAGUAUGUAGUCUUACAUUUUGACUGUUAGCUGUUACCAUGUAUGUUAUAGCAUAAUAAAUAGUGUCCGUGUGGCAAUUCUUCCCCUCCUCAUGGUUUGGUCUGAUUGCAGGGGUGUUACAUGGAGCUGUGGUUCUGAUUACUGAGCUGUGUGAGCGCAACCCAGACACACUAGAGCAGUUUCGUAAGGUAAGACACACACUCACCCACCUCAUCUCACCCCAUUCAUUCCAGUACAGCCAUUCAACAUGAUGAGACAUUCAAUUUCAGUCCCUUGAAAAUGAUAUCUUUGGUUAUACACUGUAACAUUAAAUGCCAAAUCGAUACUUGUGAAAACGGCACAUGAUUGCACAUCCCUAGAUGAUGAUCUGUGAUUUUGACUCCUGGUGUGUGUUUGUGUUUGGUCUAGGUGGUGCCGGAGCUGGUCCAGAUAAUGAAAGGCCUGGUGAUGUCAGGUUACUCUCCAGAACACAACGUGGCUGGGAUCAGUGACCCCUUCCUGCAGGUCAGUGUUUUAAAUAAUUUAUUUUACCAGGUGAAUUGGAGUCAAUUUGUGACUGAACCUACAGUGCCUUCGGAAAGUAUUUAGACCCCUUGACUUUUGAAAAUGUUUGUUACGUUACAGCCUUAUUCUAAAAUUGAUUAAAUAGUUUUUUUUUUUUUCCCCUCAUCAAUCUACACACAAUACCCCAUAAUGACCAAGCAAAAACAGGUUUUUAGAAAUGUUUGCUAAUUUAUUAAAAAAGGAAAUAUCACAUUUACAUAAGUAUUCAGACCCUUUACUCAGUACUUUGUUGAAGCACCUUUGGCAGUGAUUACAGCCUCAAAUCUUCUUGGGUGUGAUGCUGUAUUUGUGGAGUUUCUCCCAUUCCUCUCUGCAGAUCCGCUCAAGCUCUGUCAGGUUGGAUGGGGAGCGUUGCUGUACAGCUAUUUUCACGUCUCUCCAGAGAUGUUCGAUCGGGUUCAAGUCCGGCCUCUGCCUGGGCCACUCAAGGACAUUCAGAGACUUGUCCCGAAGCCGCUCCUGCGUUGUCUUGGCUGUGUGCUUAGGGUCGUUGUCCUGUUGGAAGGUGAACCUUCGCCCCAGUCUGAGGUCCUGAGCGCUCUGGAGCAGGUUUUCAUCAAGGAUCUCUCUGUACUUUGCUCCGUUCAUCUUUGCCUCGAUCCGGACUAGUCUCCCAGUCCCUGCCGCUGAAAAACAUCCCCACAGCAUGAUGUUGCCACCACCAUGCUUCAAUCUAGAGAGUUCAAUCUAGGUUUCAUCAGACCAGAGAAUCUUGUUUCUCAUGGUCUGAGAGUCUUUAGGUGCCUUUUGGCAAACGCCAAGCAGGCUGUCAUGUGACUUUUACUGAUUGGUGGAGUGCUGCAGAAAUGAUUGUCCUUCUGGAAGAUUCUCCCAUCUCCACAGAGGAACGUUCGAGCUCUGUCAGUGUGACCAUUGGGUUCUUGGUCACCUCCCUGACCAAGGGCCUUCUCCCACGAUUGCUCAGUUUGGCUGGGCGGCCAGCUCUAGGAAGAGUCUUGGUGGUUCCAAACAUCUUCCAUUUAAGAAUGAUGGAGGCCACUGUGUUCCUGGGGGCCUUCAAUGCUGCAGAAUUUUUUUGGUACCCUUCCCCAGAUCUGUGCCUCAACACAAUCCUGUCUCUGAGCUCUACGGACAAUUCCUUCGACCUCAUGGCUUGGUUUUUGCUCUGACAUGCACUGUCAACUGUGGGACCUUAUAUAGACAGGUGUGUGCCUUUCCAAAUCAUGUCCAAUCAAUUGAAUUUACCACAGGUGGACUCCAAUCAAGUUGUAGAAACAUCUGAAGGAUGAUCAAUGGAAACAGGAUGCACCUGAGCUCAAUUUCGAGUCUCAUAGCAAAGGGUCUGAUUACUUAUGUAAAUAAGGUAUGUCUGUUUUUUUUUUUUUAUAAAUUUGCCUAAGAAAAUCUAAACCUGUUUUCGCUUUGUCAUUAUGGGGUAUUGUGUGUAGAUUGCUGAGGAUAUAUAUAUUUUUUAAUCAAUUUUAGAAUAAGGCUGUAACGUAACAAAAUAUGGAAAAAGUCAAGGGUUCUGAAUACUUUCCGAAAGCACUACAUUACCAAAGUAUGUGGACACCUGCUCGUCGAGCAUCUAAUUCCAAAAUCAUGGGCAUUAAUAUGGAGUUGGUCCCCCCUUUGCUGCUAUAACAGCCUCCACUCUUCUGGGAAGGCUUUCCACUAGAUGGCAGAACAUUGCUGUGGGGACUUGCUUCCAUUCAGCCACAAUAGCAUUAAUGAGGUCGGGCACUGAUGUUGGGCGAUUAGGCCUGGAACGCAGUCGGUGUUCUAAUUCAUCCCAAAGGUGUUUGAUGGGGUUGAGGUCAGGGCUCUGUGCAGGCCAGUCAAGUUCUUCCACACCGAUCUCGACAAACCAUUUCUGUAUGGACCUCGCUUUGUGCAUGGGGGCAUUGUCAUGCUGAAACAGGAAUGGGCCUUCCCCAAACUGUUGCCACAAUGCUUCCAGAGGCAGUUUGGAACUCGAUAGUGAGUGUUGCAACCGAGAACAGGCGAUUUUUACGCGCUACGUGCUUCAGCACUCGGCGGUCCCGUACUGUGAGCUUUUAUGGCAUACCACUUCGCGGCUGAGCCGUUGUUGCUCCUAGACGUUUACACUUCACAAUAACAGCACUUACAGUUGACCGGGGCAGCUCUAGCAGGGCAGAAAUUUGACGAAACUAACUUGUUGGAAAGGUGGCAUCCUAUGACUGUGCCAUGUUGAAAGUCACUGAGCUCUUCGGUAAGGCCAUUCUACUGCCAAUGUUUGUCUAUGUAGAUUGCAUGGUUGUGUGCUCGAUUUUAUACACCUGUCAGCAACGAGUGUGGCUGAAAUAGCCGAAUCCACUAAUUUGAAGGGCUGUCCACAUACUUUUUUAUAUAUAGUGUAUUUCUCUUUCUCUGUCUCUCACUGUUUAUCCAUCAUUAGGUGCGCAUUCUUAGGUUGCUGAGGAUCCUGGGUCGUAAUAAUGAUACAGCCAGUGAUGCCAUGAAUGACCUGCUGGCCCAGGUACAGUAAUGAAACCACAUGCAAGGAUUCACACUGCAGUAUUUUCACCAGUAAAUAGUCUUGCAGGGUUGUUGUUGUAUGAUUUAUUUAAGCAAUAAUGCCUGAGAAGGUGUGGUAUAUGGCCAAUAUACCUCGGCUAAGGGCUGUUCUUAGUGGACACAGCCCUUAGCCAUAUACCACAAACCCCAGAGGUGCCUUAUUGCUAUUAUAAACUGGUUACCAACGUAAUUAGAGCAGUAAAAAUACAUGUUUUGUCAUACCCGUGGUAUACGAUCUGAUAUAACACGGCUGUCAGCCAAUCAGCAUUCAGGGCUAGAACCACCCAGUUUAUAAUUCGAUUUUUAUCACUGUUUCUUUAUACAGGUGGCCACGAACACAGACAGCAGUAAGACUGCAGGCAGUGCUGUGUUGUAUGAAACGGUUCUCACUGUCAUGGACAUCAAAUCAGAAAGUGGCUUGAGGGUAAGUGCCACGUGUGAUACCAUCAAGUAAUUUCUUGUUUGUAUCCAUUGAAUGUGCUACAAGUGGUUGAGGCCAAUGUAGCUAACAUUUAUGUACAACAGAGGCCGUAUCUAGGUUGUGUUUUUUUGUGUGUGACAGGUCCUAGCUGUGAAUAUCCUGGGGCGAUUUCUUCUGAACAACGAUAGGAACAUCCGGUUAGUGUCCCCUCACCUCCCCCUUCCAUCUCUCUCUUUCAUUUAUCUCAUCUGGUCCUUCUUCAUGGUUUCUAGCCCAUUGCCUAGAAGGUUAUUGUUGCCUGAGGCAGACAAACCUGUGGAUUCUAAUACAUCUAAACACAGUCAACAAUGUCUAUUCCUGUGAUUAUUUAGCUAGAGGCCUUACAGUGACAGACAGGGUUGUGGGCUAACGAUCACAUAUACAUUUCCUUUUUAUCCAUAUUUUCCUGUUGGGAUUGUUCCCCUAGGGUCUGUCUGGCCCAGCAGGUUAUUCUGGUCUGGUCCCAGGCUUAAUCGCCGCUCCCUCUGGCAGUGGGACAGCUGAUGGAAAGCUGCUAGACUGGCUCAGAGCAGAUAUGAUCAUUCUCUCAGCAUGCAGAAUGAUCGCAGAUCAUUACACCAGAUAUACAUUUCAAAGACCUUAAACUUAGAGGAGAGCAGUCAUGCUCACCACCAGGGAAGAAAGCACACAGCUAAAAUGUUUGCAUGAGAUGGGAGACCUUGGAAAUGAUAGUUGUUGAAGAAAAUCACAAACAUGUUGCUUGGCUGAGCAGAGUUUGUUCCAUGAAAUGUAUCCAUGCACCAAUUGAUAAAUUAUCACAGCCCUCGCACAUGACCAGAAACACACAAAUAUAACACGUCUUUCUCUUUCUCUUUCUAUGUCUAAAUCUUUUUAUUCAUGCACAGGUACAUCUCCAUGACUUCCCUUCAGAAGAUUGUUCAGACAGACCACAAUGCAGUGCAGCGUCACAGGGGGACCAUAGUGGACUGCCUGAAGGACCAGGAUGCUUCUGUCAAACGGUACUGUAUUGAUUGCUGAACCUAUACUACCGGUUAGCCACGUGUCACCUAUUCAUGAGCUAUAAUGGAAGGUGGCGUAGUACUGUAGAGAAUAACAGUAUAUAGUUAUAAUCUUCUUUAUGUUUAUCCCUCAGCCGGGCAUUGGAGCUUUCUCUGGCCCUGGUGUCAGCUGUCAACAUCCGCUCUCUGAUGAAGGAGCUGCUCCUCUUCCUCUCCAGCUGUCCCCCAGAGCUCCGAGCACACACCACCUCAGGCAUCUUCAACGCUGCAGAGAGGUACAGGGCUGGCCCUCACCUGUCUAUGGGCUUUAAAUGUCUCUAUGUCAUGUAGUCUCUUUAGCUGAAUGUCUCAUUUUGUAUCUAUGUCUAUAUGAAUGUUUCCCUGUCUCUGUGUCAGGUGCGGUACUGUUUCUGUCUUGCGUUCUUUGUCUGUAUAUGUCUCACUGCUAUCUGGCUGUUCUACCACUGAACACACACAGGCCUAGCCAGUAGCCUGCCCUCCCUGUGUGUCACUGUCAGUCUGUCUGUGUUUUGUGUCUGAGCCGCAGCACUGAACACCACUGAGUCUCUGUCUCUGUGUCUCUGUCAGGUAUGCUCCCUCUCAGCGCUGGCACAUUGACACCAUCCUGCAUGUCCUCACCACGGUAAAUACUGACACUGUACUGCACCACAAUCACCUGGUGAUUGUACAACUUGUUUUAAUAAUAAUAAUAAUAUGCCAUUUAGCAGACGCUUUUAUCCAAAGCGACUUACAGUCAUGCGUGCAUAAUUGUUUUUUGUUUUUGUGUAUGGGUGGUCCUGGGGAUCGAACCCACUACCUUGCCACUACAAGCGCUGUGCUCUUCCAGCUGAGCUACUGUACAAGUUGUUUUGAACUAUGACCAGCUAUUGUAAAUACCCCUAUGAUGUAUCCCACUUAUAUCACCCCACUAUACUUCAAGCUGUCUGGGUGGAAGCUAGGCCUCCCCACAUUGCCACUAUUUGCCCUGUCUAGACUAGUCUAGACAUUCCUGUGUUUGACAGUAGUACCAUCUCUUUCAGGCAGGGGGCGACGUGAGGGAUGAGACAGUUCCCAACCUGAUCCAGCUCAUCACCACAGCAACAGAACUACACUGCUACACGGUCCACAAGCUGUACAGAGCCCUGAUUACAGACAUCUCAGUGGUAUGGCUUUAGUAUGAAUGUGUUUGUGUGCCAUGCUCUGUAGAAUUGUGAUUGUGUUAUCAGUCAGGAAAACCUCAAUGCCCUGGUUAUCCUCUAUUCUCAGCUGUGGAACUGUGCAAUGUUUGUUUGUGUGUGCAGCAAUCCCUGGUACAGGUGGCAUGCUGGUGUAUUGGGGAAUAUGGAGACCUGCUUCUGAGAGGAGAGUGUGAGGAGACAGAACCUGUUCAGGUACAUGAGGGAGGAUGCUUUGGUUGUUUUAACACAGGCAUUGUUAAUACCCAUUGACAAUACAGUAUUAAUUGUCAUAAAACUGAGACAGUUCUUCUUGUUUGUCUGUCCUGCCAUUAGGUGGCAGAGGAUGAUGUCCUGGACGCCUUGGAAAUGGUUCUACAGUCACAUAUGUCGUCGCCGGCAACCAGGGGCUUUGCGCUCACAGCAACCAUGAAACUCAGCACACGCAUAACACAUAACGUGGAGUAAGCAUAAUUAUCUCACACCCCUCAGAACACUGCUACAACCGCUAUACAGCAACUACUGAAAACUGCUUUGUCAGUUUUGCCCACUGCGUGGGGUCUUGGGACUUGUGACUCUCAUUGCUGAUACAGAGAAUACUAAAAUAGCUCGUUUCCUGGUGUUUUUCUCUCCUCACCCCUGUCCGGCAGUCGCAUUAGGAGCAUCGUCAGCAUCUACGGCAGCUGCAUCGACGUGGAACUCCAGCAGAGGGCAGUGGAAUAUAACGCUCUGUUUAAGAAAUACGACCACAUGAGGUAGUCUAUGUAAUAACAUACAGUAUAUUGCCAAUGAUGUAUAAAUAUAUUAUUAUAUCUAUGAAUACAACACUGAGGGGAAAUGGCAGCACCUCAGUGACUCAAUUAUUCUUUUCAUCAUGGUAGCUACUUUUGCUUUGCCCAAUACACUGCUAAGAGAGCUCUGUGCUCGCAGGGCUGCUGUUCUGGAGAGAAUGCCAGUGAUUGACAAGAGCUCACCGGGACAUACCAAUGGAGAAUCAGCAGGGGGGACUAUGAAAGAGAUGGAGCCAACCAAACUGACACAGGAAGUAGUAUUGCCCCAGGAACCUGCUAACAAGGUAAGGGAUGAAAAUGACCAAUAAACUUUGGUAGUUUCAGCUAUCUGGAUAUGAAGUAUACUUGACCUAUUGCAUACUGUGUGUGCACUUUCUCAAGCUAAACCUCUCAAAUGUAACUCAAUAUGGAAUCUUUCCCUCAUUUUCUCUUGUCAAGGUGUGUGAUCUGUUGGACCUGCUAGGUGGUUCUGCGGAGCCUCUCCAGUCCAGCCCAGCCCUGUCCACCACACCGCUCGGCCCUGUUAGCAGCACGGCUGGGGGAGACCUACUGGACCUGCUGGGAGGCCUGGAUGUCACACCUGGUGAGACACACUGAGCUGCUGAGUGAGAGUGAAAGAGAAAUGGAGAUGGGGGUUUCAGAGAGAUGGACAAUGCCAUCAUUAAGCCAUCAGAAAUACAUAUGAAGAUGUACUGUUUGGGAUUUUAGAAUGAACACAUCAGUAGCUUUAUGCAAAAGAUAUAGCAUGUCUUCAUAAUGUAUUUAAUGAUGGUCUGUUUCUUGUGCUGAAUUUCAUGAGCCCCAGUGUGACAGGUGUUUCUUUGUUUCCAUAGUGCCACCUUGUGUUAUAGUGUAUGAGAAGAACGGUGUGACUCUGAAACUACAGACUGACAGACAGACAGACACAGGGAUGACUGUUACCCUCACUGCCACCAACUCUACUGACGGGGACAUCACCAGCAUCACCCUGCAAGCAGCAGUACCCAAGGUCUGUCCGUCUGUUUUUGGGUCCGUCUGUCAGACUACCUUAGUAUUUGGUAUUCCAAACUUGUACGGCGUGAGUAGGCCCCUCUAGACCAUGUGACCAGACCAGGAAAAACUCUGGGCCCUAGUUAUAGGCUAUUCAUGACCUUUGUCUCUCACUACCAUCCAACUCAGAGCGUCCAGUUACAGAUGAAGGCUCCGAGUGGUGACGUCAUCCCGGCACAUGGCUUAGGUCAGGUGACCCAGACUGUGCUCCUCAACAACCCUAACAAGGUGGGUCUUCAGUCAGUCAGUCACAGUGGUUGCCACACACAUGCACACACCCACACUCACGGGCACACCACAAUGAAAUAAACAUUCACUUCCUUCCUAAUCAGGUGAGUCUGAAAAUGAGGGUGCGUGUGUGCUACACCAGCCAGGGCUCUGUCUGCCAGGACACGGUGCAGAUCGACUCAUUUCCCAGCCCCGCCUGGUAAUGACAGCUGAAAUCAACCUGUCCAUCAACACUGACAUCAGACCAUGGAAGGAUUGACAGCCGAUCAGGCCCAGGAGUGGGGAUCCAUUCUACCCGACAGCUGCCUGUCAAUCAUACACAGAGGGGAUCCUCUCUGUCAUUCAACUAUUCUAUUCUACAACCGGAUAUUUUUCCAAAUGACUUAAUUCUCUUAUUUUUCUAAAUGGCUGACCCUUAAGAACCGUGGAAAAUGUCCCCCUACAGUUAGCAGGGAUUUAUGUAGAUAAACUGGGACUGUCACCCUAAAAGCCAUUGUCACCAUUCUACCUUUUCAGCUUCUGUUUGGACUACUGGUAUGACAUUUCCCAUAGCAUAACCAACAGUAUUAAUGGCACUACUGAACAUGGUACUGUCUUUGGUGUGUAUUUCCAGAGUUGCAGGUCAUCAUCAUUGUUGUCACUUCAAUCAACAAUAGUAAUAUGCAGCUGUCUGCCUGGGCCAGUGGGACUUGUCCAAUCAGGAGAUACAUCUAUCCUGAGAACUGUGCAAUCAAGACUGUCCACAUGAAAGGUGUCUGUCUGGAUAAUCUUUUAAGAGAGUAGCUUGAAGUCUUGGCCUAUGCUACCUUGACCACUUUUCUUUCACUCCGGGACUACUUACCUACCUACCGUUGUGGCUCACUGUUACAGUUCCCUCUUGUCAAUCUGAGCCACAUGAUUAGCAUCCCCUAACACUAUGCCUUAUCUAUACUUACGGUACAUGCCUUCCAUUGGUGUACUCUUCUCCUCCCUACCUCUCUUUACCAUCUGCUUCUCUCUUCCCCCGUGCCUGUCACUCAGAACCUCCUUUGGAGCUGAGGUAUUAUGAUGUAUGUGUAUAUAGACUUUAUUUUGAGGUGGGAGUUGCUGUUUUAUCUGUGAAUUAUGUGUACUACCCCAAUACUGAUCUCUGUAUCUUUGUGAAGCAUCAGUGCCAGUCAGGCAGUCCUGCCCAGUGUUUCCCAUUCCAUAGCUUAUGCCUCUUGAGUUGUUUUAAUGCAUCUAGGAAAAUACAUCUAGGGAAAAUACUGGUCCUGACCCCUGGGUGGGGCACAAUGGGUGACUUAUGUUCUCAACACACUAGACUAAUCUUGGGUUGUAGGAGACUGCAAAUCUUGUUACGAUACCAAAUAGUUGAUACAGAUGCACACACACGCUAAUGGAUAUUUGAGGGUGCACAACGGGGCUGAUAAGUGCCUCCACAAGGAUACAAAAGUAGUACCACAUCCCUGACAGAAUUAAUUUGGUAACUUGCUAAUAUACCGAACAUCUGGGCCAUAUCACUGGCUGCCCACUAAUUUUUUUUAUAACUUGCAUUGACAGAACAUUGACUGGUUCAUGGAUAUAAACAAAGGUACUCUUGAAAAUGGGGUUCAGUGCAAUUUGAGCAAAACAUCCAUCCUUCAGACCACUAUCCUCGUAAAGGAACCAGAGGGAGAGACGAGUAAAGAGAAUUCAGUUUGUUGUGUGCAUUGCCUUUGACUCCCAUGUCUUAUGUCAUUUGUAAUUAAAGAUUAUCAAAUUGAAUUAUGAAUUAAUUAUUUUCAUCAGAGUUCAUAACUGCCUAUAUGGAAAGUCGUUUUACAAUGCACUGCUAAAUUACACACUCAUGCAAUAGCAGCCAUACAUGUACUUCAAAAGAAACUGUCAAUUUCACCUUUUAUUCACAAGCAAAAUAACCAGUGUCCAAACUCACUCUCCCACUGUGUCCCAUUUACACGGUUGGAAUUUAAGCAUGGGUGGUUACAAAAACAAUCUACAC